UAUAAAUUCUUAGAUCAAAUUUUGAAUCCAAUUCUCAAAAUUGGGCUUCUUCAACGGCCGAUCCCCACUCGUUUUCCCGGGAAAAUACCGAUCAAUCAGCGCCGGGAUAAUUUCUUCUCGCCACCAUGGAUUCCGACUCCUAUCUCUUUCAUUUCUACUGGAGUAUUUCAUCGACUUCAACCAAUUUCAAGCUGCUCAGUUGGCCUUCUCGUUUCUUAAUCAAUUAGGGCUUUGAAUUUCAUCGGUUCUCAUUAUCUAUCAUGGGGCACUCACAGAUUCAUAGAGCAUCUGAAAAGCCGAAUCUAGAUUGGGAAGCAGCACUGACGCAGUAUGAAAACGUUAUGGCUUCAGAAUCCGAGGCUGUUAAAGUGAAAGCCACAAUCAAAUUGGCCCAUCUCUCCAAAAAUGCCCCGGAAAAUAUUUUGAACAGUGCCAUACCCUUUAUUGCUAAGCAUCUUGAAGAUAACCCCACCAGUAAUUCAAGCCAAUCCAUGAGAGGAGCUGCUGCAUAUUGUCUAAGAUGUAUAUCUUGUCAAGGUGAUGGUACGUUGGCGGCGGCGGUAGGUCAUUCUGGCGCUUUAGAAUCUUUGCUGAGGUCAUUGCCACAUUCUAGUGGUUGUUUUCGUAAGAUUCUUGUUAAAUGUGUUUGGAGUAUUGUUACUUUUGAUCAAACUAGUCGUGUGAUUAUAGCAAGAAAUGGGGGUUUGGAAGUUAUUAUUGGUAUGUUUGAUUCUGUAUUUGAUGGCACUAGGAGAUAUUUAUUGGAGAUUUUGAGUGCAAUGGCACUACUGAGAGAGGUUAGGAAGGCCCUUAUUAGUUUAAGAGGCCUCCCUUUUCUUGUUCAAGCUGCUAGAUUUGGUUGCAUGGCAUCCAGAGAAAGAGCUUGUCAAGCAAUUGGUUUACUUGCAAUUACAAAGCGUGGAAGACGCAUGCUUGUUGAGUUGGGAGUUGUUCCAGUGCUUAUUGAGCUACUUCGUGAAGGAGAUUAUGUGACAAAAUUGGUAGCUGGUAAUUCCCUUGGAGUAGUUUCAGCUCAUGUAACCUAUAUUAGGCCUCUUGCACAAGCUGGGGCCAUCCCUUUAUUUGCUGAGCUUCUUCAGUGGCCUGAUCCUAUUGGUAAGGAGAUUGCAGAGGAUGUCUUCUGUCUCUUAGCUGUAGCUGAAGCGAAUGCGGUUGUAAUUUCUGAUCAUCUAGUGAGAAUUCUUAAAGAAGGUGAUAGUGGAGGAAAGGCUGCAGCUGCUGAUGUCUUGUGGGAUCUUUCUAGCUAUAAGUACUCCAUAUCAGUUGUGCAGAAUUCGGGUGCCAUUCCAGUUUUGGUGGAUCUAUUACACGAUGGGAAUGAUGAAGUAAGGGAAAAAGUCUCUGGAGCUAUAGCACAAUUAAGUUAUAAUGAAACAGACAGGGUUGCACUUGCUGAUGCAGGGGCAAUCCAACGACUAAUAGGGCUAUUGCAAGAUGAGUUAGAAGAAGUGAAAGAUAAUGUUACUGAGGCCCUUUUAAAUUUUUCUGAAGACCCCUUAUACUGUACUAGAGUAUCUGAAGCAGUCAGCACUCCUGCUUUCCAGAAUUUGCAGGAAAGAAUGAUUCAUAUUCGUGCUGCUGAAAGGCAAAGCGUGAGGUCCCUGCAUCAAAUGGGAAUCAACCAAUUUACAGGAGAUCCAGAUCUUCUAUAACUUUUUGCAGUGUUUUUUGUCAGAUCUCCAUCCCUAAAGUUCAAGGAGGAAAAAAAACUGUCCGUAGAAAAGAAAGGAGAAGAAAGUCAGGGUUGGCACCAUAACUUGUGCCAUUUUAUAGAAAGGGUUUCUGUUUGGAAUUUGGUUUGUGUUUGCAGGCUUCUGACUCCAUCCGCAGGCGUUUUUACUGUAACAUAACCACUUGGUUGGCAGUCCCCUCACAGCAGUGUAGUAGCAGAGCAGCUGAGGAUGUGUGAAUAUGCCAUGGAAGUAGCUGCCACAGCUUCCAAUGGCAUCCUAGGAGGAGUCGUACACUCACUGCAUGCAAUGCCCAAAUAUCUACUGUUUCAUCAGCUAAGCUUCUUUAUAUCCUGUUUUCAUUCUUUAUAAUUAUAUGACAUGAUAGCAAUUGCUUGUUUGGAUCUCUCCAAUUGUUGAAUACAGAUUAUGACACAGAGGUGAAGAGAGAGAAGGGGAAAUCUUUAGCUUUUAUUCUCAUAUGCUUCUGUAUAGAACGACUUACACAUUUUGACUAAUUUUAUUCCAUGGUUAUUUGAUCUUACUAA